CUAAUCAGAUGUUUCAACUAUUCCGACUGCAAAUCGAGUGACAUGAAUUGUUUAUAGACUGUAUAUUAAGUGUUUUUUGUUGUGACUUGUGUAAUGAUGAAUUAUAAUAACUGGGAAGGAUUUCCUCUGAACUCUCUUAUAACAGAGAUGAAGGACAAAGAUGCAAUAGCACAAGUUAUUAUUGAAUACUUCAGAAAUAACAAUUCCGAUAUCAACACCAAAUUUAGUGGUUAUAAUUGUUUACACUAUGCUGUAUCUACCUCUAAUAGAUCACUGCUUCAACUACUACGUUUCUAUUUCAUAGGAAAAAUAGAUAUCAAUGCGACCACAGAUGAAGAUAAGGAAACGGCCCUACAUCUGGCAAUUCAACGAAGGGACUUACACAUUUUACAAAUUCUUUUGCAAACAAGUAUCGACCCUAAUAUUCACCGGAAAGUCGAUGGACGAACAGCUCUACAUUUAGCUGUUUUCGAAGAAGACAAUGAAAUAUUCACUUACCUACUAGAGAAUUCCAUAACAAUAGAAAUAAACGCUAGAGAUAAUGAUGAUGCAACUGCUUUGCAUUAUGCCGUCCAAAAUGAUAACUGGUAUAGGGUCUAUCAAUUACUAGAACACCGUUCUGAUUUAAAUGCUGCGAGAAAAGAUGGAAAGAUUCCCCUUCAUAUCUCUACUAAAAAUGAAUCCACUACAAUAUUGCGUAAACUGGUGUAUAUGGGUACACAAACCCAGUUGAAUAAGGUCGACAAUGACCUAAUGACGCCUUUAUAUUUAGCUGUUAUUGCUGACAAUAUGGCUGCUGUUGAGAUUUUGUUGGAGGAAGGCGCAGAUCCUGACUGGAAACCCCGCAACAAAGAAAGCAUCAUCGCUUUUGCCUUCAGUCAAGCAAACCCUAGAAUCUUCGAAGCACUCCUGAAAAAAUCCAGAAGGAUCGAAUCUAAAGAAAUUAGUACAAAUCUCUUCAAAAGAGCAAUCGAUGACAAUGACGAAGAAAAAGUGGAAAUCCUGUUGGCCAAUGGAGUGAAUCCCGACACAAAAUGGAGAUUUCAUUUUAUUUAUAAACAGGAAAAGGCUUUCAGACCGCUUAUAGAAGUUGUGAAGAAGAAAAAGCCAGGUAUGGUCAAGAUCCUAUUGAAAUAUGGGGCUUGUGUGAAUAUCAAAGAUGAUUAUGGUAAUAUUCCACUACAUUUGGCUUGUGAACUGAAACAAAUUGAAAUAGCAAAGAUAUUAUUACAAUCGAAAUACGUAGAUGUGAAUAUACAAAACAAGUAUCAACAAACACCACUGCACAUAUCUUGUCAGAAUGAUAAGGACGCAGCAAUGGUGGAGAUUUUGCUAGAUGCCGGUGCUGAUCCAAAUAUUACAUAUUCAACUUUAUGUCAUUUUCUCUGUAGUGUGGAUACAGAUAAUAUGGACCCAAUCGAUCGUUCCCAAUGUGGAUUGCCAGUUUCAGAGUCAAGCAAGAAAUAUGGGAUAACUCCUCUUCAUAUUGCAAUUUGGAAUAAAGUUGAAUCAAUGGCGCUCGCGCUGCUAAAAAGAGGGGCCGAUCCAAAUAUUCUUGGAGACGACUUCACACCCCUUGAACUAGCUAUAAUGAACGAAAGUACUAAUCUAGUGAAACUCUUAUUACAAUAUAAAUACCAACCUACUGAAGCUAUAAAUAUUACUUAUGAGGGAGUUAUUCAGUCAAUUUUCGAAUAUUCGGUUAGACCAAAAACCAUUGAAAUUCUAAUUCUUUUUUUAGAAGCAACUUUGGAAUAUCCAAUGUCACCAGAAAGACGACAAAAUUUUCUUCAAGCAUGUCUCAAAAAAACUGUGAGGCUAAGCGACCUAGAGACGUUGAAGGUUCUAUUGAAAUAUGGAGCGAAUCCUGAGCCCAAAAACAGUCAUAAUAAUCAUCACAACAUUCUGAAUGAGACAAAUAAUUUUGAAAUAAUGAAACUGCUGAUUGAAUAUGGUGCUGAUGUUAAUGGAGGAUCCUACUACAAACCCCUGCGUGGAGCUAUUUUGAAUGGAAACGUUGAAAAUGUUACCUUACUGCUCGAACAUGGUGCUGAUCCAAAUGUUGCAAUACAAUCGUCGAAACAUACUCCCUUGCAUCUAACUAUUCAAGAAGAUUACUAUGUUAUUCUGUCUAAUGAUGACCCAAGUGCCACCGUGUUGGAUGAAAAUCAAGAUAUGCUCGAUAUUCUUGAAAAACUAUUGGAAGAUAAAAGGAUCAACGUGAAUGCCAAAAUGCAUAAGUGUACAACACCGUUUGAUAUGGCUGUGGCUAAAUGCAAGCCAAAAGCUGCUGAAUUGCUUCUGAGACACAACGCACAUCCUCUAUUAGGUAUGAAAAGAAACGGAAGAGGACUGAUCCAUUUUGCCAUUUAUCACAAAAAUAAUUAUAUACUGAAGGAACUUCUGGAGCACGGCUUAGUUUCACAAAUAAAUUCGCCCUAUAAAUUGCAUUCACCUCCCCUACUUUACGCAAUAGAAAACGGUGAUUUGGAGUCAUUUAAAUUGCUGCUACAGUACGGAGCUGACGUCAAUCAGCGAAAUGAUAUUCACAAUACAGUGCUUAAAGCUGCUAUACGAAAUAAAAACAAAGAAUAUUUGAAGCUUGUGCUUGAGGUUCCAGGUUUGGACGUAAAUGAGCCUCAUUAUUCACGAGUGGAGUUAGAGGCCAUACGGGCCGGUUCACCUCCUCUACAUCUUGCGGUUAAGUAUAAAGAUAAAACGCUUGUUUCGAAGUUGCUCGAACUUGGUGCUGAUCCCAACACCAGAUCAAUUGAUGGGAGCACAAUUCUUCAUAUAGCUGUGAUGAAUAAUUUCUUAGAGAACAUCUUAGAGAUCCUGUUUGAAUCAUGCAAUCUAGAUGUGGAUGUCCAAAAUAAUGCAGGGCUUACUCCUCUACAUUUGUGUUGCCAAAAAAAUGAAAAUUCUAUCGAACAGAAGUCAAUGUUAUCUUGUCUGCUGAAGUUAGGAGCUGAUCUAUCAGUUCGAUGCAAAUUUGGAAACUCCGCUAUCCAUUAUCUUGCAAUAUCCGAUGCACUAGAUAUUCUUUGCCAGAUAAAGUGUUUAGAUGCUGCAUUAUUACCUGGCUACAACCUAUCUGGCGAGACUCCACUGCAUUGUGCAUGCAAGGAACUCAACCACAAAUCUGUGAAAAUUCUUUUGGACGCAGGCGCAUUGUCGAACCUCAAUGAUUGGGGCAUUCAACAUCCAUUCGAAUAUUACAUAACUGCUUUUUUAGAACUUGAGGAUCUUGGAUUAUCUGAAAACAUUGUCGGAUUUUCUGUUGAGAAAGUCUUGAAGAAAGUAAUGGAACUAUUAGUUGAGAUGCAAGAAACUAUGGCAGUCUUAUGUUUACUGAAAUUCAAUGAGGAGAUGAAUUUUUUCAGUGUGAAAUUUCUGAGCUGCCUCAUGAAUUACGCAAUACAAAGCGAAUGCGUCGAGAUGGUUAGAGGAUUCUUGAAAUCUGGUGCAAAUGUCAACUUCAUCAGGGAAUGGUGGUUCAACAACGAAGAACAUAUGAAUCUCUAUCUAGCUCUUAAAAACCGAGAAAUGCUACAGCUACUGCUGACUGAUGAAAAGUGUGAUGUCAACUUGAAAGGUAAAGAUGGGAAAACUGCCCUACACUACGCCGUGGAAAUGGGCCUUUAUUCUGCAGUGCGCAUGUUGUUGGAGAAGGGAGCGGAUCCUAAUUGUUUAGACUGCAAUGAACAACCUCCCUCUUUCUAUUGUUCUGACGAUAAGAUUAAGGAACUAUUAGUGUUGUAUAGUAUGACAGGUUUGACUAUAAUAAAUAUUUGAUUUCCUUCUAUAAUAUGAUUGGACAGAAAAAAAAAACAAAAUAUACGAGAGCUUGACAUGAAGAAAUCCAAAUAAUAAUUUCACGAAAUUUAUAUUGAAUUAGAAAAUUGUCUAUCAAGAUAUCGUACUCUAUACGAUAUAAUCAAUGAGGAUAAUAUAUGAGAGAUAAUUACAAUGAUAAAAGUUACAGUACGCGACUAGCCUUCAUCCGUUGAAUACAAAAAAAGGACAAAGAUUAACACAAUGAAGCUUAAGACGCCGAUAGUGAAGCCUAUUGGAGGAACUAAUUUGACCUGGGAUCAGACAGAACUCAUAUAGUGCCGUAUUUGGAAUUUGGAUACCACGAAAAUGAGAAACUCCAUCAAUCGGUCUACAUUAUCUAAUGGAGAAAAUAAAUCGACGUUCCUACUACCAUUUGGCAGAGAUGUUCAAUAAAAUUUUGUAGUUUUGAAUUGUUGGACUUGUAUUCAUUGUUAACAUUGAACUAGGCAUAUGAAUUAUCUCGAAUUAUCUCUUCUGAAAAUAAUGACUUGAAAUUAUUAUUAUACUUUAUCCUGAUUAUUUUUUAUAUUACUGUUUUUGUGAUUUCAAUGUUUGAAUGUUUUCAUUUUUAACAUUAAACUAGGCAUAUGAAUUAUCUAUACUGAAAAUAGUGACUUGAAAUUAUUACUUUAUACUUUAUCCUGAUUAUUUUUUAUAUUACUGUUUUUCUGAUUUCAAUGUUUGAAUGUUUUCAUUGUUAACAUUAAACUAGGCAUAUGAAUUAUCUCUUCUGGAAAAAGUGACUUGAAAGUAUUACUUUAUACUUUAUCCUGAUUAUUUUUUAUAUUACUUUUUUUCUGAUUUCAAUGUUGAAAUGUUUUCAUGUGAACUCCUAUUGUUUUCUUUACAAUAUUAAAUGUCACAUAGUU